GCGACAAUGACGUCAGUACAGAAGAUGGCGUGCUUCUACUGCUAUUCAAAAAUCUAGAUAAGCACUGGACUGUAGUAUUGAUACGUGGUAGUACUAACUUUAGAGAUAGUUAUUUAAUUGAGAAUAUUAGGAUAAAGUCGUAGCCAAUGUUUAAGUUGUUUUUCGCGCACGUAGGAGUUUAUCAAGAUGGUUUCUGCAGUUAUUUCCCGCCUUGUUAUACUAGUGUUCGGUACGCUUUAUCCAGCAUAUGCUUCCUUUAAAGCCAUCAAGACAAAAAACGUCAAGGAAUAUGUGAAGUGGAUGAUGUACUGGAUUGUGUUUGCAUUAUUUACUUGUAUUGAAACUUUGUCUGAUAUCCUAGUCUCAUUUUGGCUUCCUUUUUAUUAUGAGUUGAAAAUCCUGUUUGUAUUGUGGCUUUUGUCACCAGCUACUAAAGGAUCCAGUAUUCUGUAUAGGAAAUUUGUACAUCCUCAAUUUAUGAAGAGAGAACAGGAAAUUGAUGAAUAUAUAGCCACAGCUCGAGACAGAGGCUAUGCAUCCCUGGUCCAGCUCAGCAGUAAAGGUCUCAGUUAUGCAACAGCUGUGCUUUUUCAAACUGCAUUGAGGGGCCAAAUGACGAUAGUCAACCAUGUUCGAAAAAGUUACAGUAUGACGGCCUUAGACCAGCAGUUUUCAUCUGAUGAAGUUCCUUAUUCUGGAGGCCAAAAUGAUGCUGUUGACAGUGGCUUAGAAGAUCAACACAGGUGGCAAUCUGAUGGUGCUCUACUUAGCAGCGAGGACCGACCAAUGGACUUCCAAGAGACUGCAACAGAAAGAAAUCACACACAAAAUUAUGAGGAAAGUUCUAGUGAAACAGAUGAAAUUGGACAAACUCGAAAAGAGACAAAAAGAGUUCCAAGAAAAGUGCGUGUGUCGACUCGUCAAGUUACUGAAGAAACUCGCAAAGAUGUAAGUGCAUAUGCUACCCUUCCUAGAAGCAGAGCUAAGACAACCAGAAAAAAAGGGACUAAACAUGUAUGAGGAUAAGAGAACCUGCAAUUUAAACUCAAAUCCUGUUGCUUACUGUGAUUCCAAAGAAAGGACAUCUCUAUGUAUGUGAUAAACAUCCUCCACAUGGUUAUCUGAUUUACUAAAUAAUAAUUCUUUAAGUUGUACCCUCUAUUCGGUUAUGAGAGUUGCAACUUCGUGAACAUGCAGGUCUAAAGAAAGCUUUUUUUUUAAUUAAGUUGUAAUAAGAAAAAUUUCAGUUUUUAUUUUUAUUUUAAAUAGUUAUUUUGUUUUUUCACUUCAAUUUAUUUUUGUUGUAAAUCAAAGUAGAAGAAAAUGUCUGAAUGAGAGAUAUAAUUUUGUUAGCUUUAUCUGAUACUGUCGUCACUUUCUGAAGUUGGAAUGUGCCUUAUGGGUAGGCAUGUCAGUGAUUUUGUAUUUUGCAAGUUGUACUUUUGAUAGUGUCAUGAUUGUCUGCAAAUGAGGGGGAUUUCUUGAAUGUGCCAAAAUGGUUUGUUUUGUCACUAUUGUGAAAAAAAUCAGCAUUUGAUUUGGUUUAUUGCAGACAUAACUUCUAUCAUUCCACAAUAUAUUUUACACAGAUUUUAGUAUGACAAUAAUUUAUUUCUUUAGUAAAUGUCAAGUGUUUUAAUUGGCAACAUUGUUUUAUUUCACUAAAAAUUCCAAACUUUGAAUGAUAUUGGAACAUUUGGUCUUAUGAAUUAAAGAAUCAGUAUCAUAAAGAAAAACUUUCUAUGCUCUAAAAAGAACUGGUGUACACACACACUCUAGUCUUUGAGGUCUGGAACAUCCGUGUUAGUGUGGGAGGAAGUAACCUGAAAUCAUUUCUGUAUCUUUUCCUGAUUCUCAUGGGAAGCUUAAUGUAAGUGGUGGUAUAUCUAUAUCUUUACACGAUCCUUAGGGGAAGCAUGAUGUAAGUGGUGGUAUAUCUGUAUCUUUACAUGAUCCUCAGGGGAAGCAUGAUGUAAGUGGUGGUAAUAUGAAUGUGUUAGGAACUAUUAAUUUUGUUGCUGGGGUUGACAAGUUUUAAUUAUUCUAAUAAUGAUUUUUGUAUUGGGAAUAUAAGUAGAUUCAAGUAGCUUUUUCUUAACAGGGACAAUAUUUUAUUGGUUUGUUAGGGUUAACUUUAUAUUAAAUUAAAAUAGCCUAAAUAAAUGUUUUUAUGGCUAUAUUUCAUGAUUUUGAGGUAGGCUAGAACUAGCAAGAGAAUAUAAACGGGCUAUUGCGGUUUCUAAAUCUAACCAGUAAAUAGCUCUGAAUCGGUGAGGUUUUGUUUUUGCUUUUUCAUGAACCAGGGGAAAAACAUGACGUUAUGUUGAUAUGUGCAGGAUGUUUGAAUACAAAGAGAUUUUCUCAUGCAGUUCUGAUGAGUAUAAAAUUUGUAUAAUGUUGUUUGUAUAAAAGGUCCUAUACUUAUUUAUGAUAAUAAAUACACCAAAUGUGUUGGGUUU